AUGCAGCCGUUAACUUUUCCACAAGGCUUUUUUGAUUCAACAAAAUUGAAAGCUAAAGAUGCUAUUUACUGGAAUCUUUUGGCUCUUUCUGCAUUAGAACAUACUGGUAUAACAGUAGAAGAAUUGAAUGCCUUAGCUAAGAGUAGAUCUGAAGAACCACGGCUAGAAUCUCACAUUAUGCAAAAGUCUGCUUCUUUUAACAUGUCCAAUUCAUCACAUAAUGACAAUCACUUGCUAAAUAUUUCUGAUUCUUCCAAUUUGCAUUCAAUUCAUUCUGUUUCUUUGCCAUCAACAUCUUCUGGUAUUCAUGAAACACAUACAUCAUCAGAAUCAUCACAAAUUAUUCCGAAAAAUCCUUUUCGUCGAUUACAUGACUUAACUGAUGAUUCAGAUGAAGUUGACAAUCCAUUUGAUGAAAUUGUUACUCGUGCUCCAUCACAAACCUCUUCAAUACUUUCACUUCAACAACCACUGAUUGCCUCAAACAUUCAACAACAGCAGCAAUCACUGCAAACUACAAAUAAUAAUCAGCAUAAAGCAACUGAGCAAAUAUCAAAGCAACAAAAAGCAUUACGAUAUAUUAUAAAACGAUAUAGGCAAUUGAAAGCAGAAUGGGAUAAUAUUCUUUCAAAUACCAAAACUGUGGAAGACAUUAUGGAAACUUACGAGCCUAAUUCAUCAAGUAAUGAAGAAGCAAGAAUAGAAUAUAAACCAAGAAUAUCCCUAAUACUCCCACCAAGAGUCGAUCCUUAG